AUUUGUUACUUCAACCACUGUCCUCAUUAUUAUAUAAAUCGAGAAAUGAUUUCUUGGUCGCCUGCAGUCGUAAUAUGCUUAAUUGCAACGUCCGCGAUAGCUAGUAUCGACGGUAGUUCCAGCGGCUGGCAGGGUGUGUCAGGGGGUUAUGGCUAUGAGUCUGGACACGGUUUGGAUUUGGGACACUUGUCCGGCGGUCUCCACGAUUAUGGGUCCUACGGGGGCGGCGGUCACGGACUGCACGGACACGUUCAGCAUCAUUACGCUCAAGCCGUGCCCGUCAGCGAGCACGUGGAAAUCACGAAACCUGUGCCCGUACCAGUUAUCAAAAACAUCGGGGUACCGGUAGCACAACCAGUGGCGAUAGCGAUCCCACACCCGGUCGCAAUCGGAGUACCGCAACCUUAUCCGGUUCACGUACCGGUCGCGAAGCCGGUAGCAAUUCCAGUGGUAAAGACCGUGGCUGUGCCAGUCGAGAAGAAGGUUCCCUUUCCGGUGGAGAAGAUAAUACCCGUUCCGGUAGAGAAGCACGUGCCCAUACCUGUCGAAAAGCACAUACCAGUGCCUGUGGAGAAGCCGUACCCGAUUCACGUGCCCGUUUACAAACACGUGUUUCAUCGGGUGAAGUCUCACGGAUGGAACUAUUAACCGUUGCAUCACGACGUUUCAAGCAAAGCCCGUAGAAGGAUACGUAUAUACGCGUAUGCAUCGACAGGAACGAUCCGCCGCAUUGCAGGCGGAGUAAUUACGCCUAACGGGGUGUAAAUCGACGAAUGGGAGUAGACAAGAUGCGUCGUUGCGUUCUGUACAUACAUAUUUAUGAUUGUUUGUUUUGUUACCGUGUUACCAAAUAAACGAUUUAUUUCUAAUGA